GACAAGAUGAAGCAGCUCUUCCUCCUCUUCCUCCUCGGGCUCAUCAGCAGGUCCUUGCAGAUCGAAGACAACAAGAUCCCUGGGCUGUGCUCAGGGCAGCCAGGCAUCCCAGGGACCCCGGGCCUGCACGGGGGGCAGGGUUUGCCAGGCAGAGACGGACGAGACGGCCGGGAUGGAGCCAUGGGGAUGCCAGGGGAGAAGGGCGACAUGGGCCCUCCUGGAGUGCCGGGUCCCCGCGGGGAGGUGGGCAGCCCCGGCGUGGACGGGCUGCACGGCGAGAAGGGAGCUCAGGGCGAGUGCGCCGUUGCUCCUCGCUCCGCCUUCAGCGCCAAGCGCUCCGAGUCCCGCAGCCCUCCCCUGGCCGACCAGCCCAUCCUCUUCGACGUGGUGCUCAUCAACGAGCAGGGCCACUACGACCCUGCCACGGGCAAGUUCACCUGCGAGGUGCCCGGCCUCUAUUACUUCGCCGUGCACGCCACCGUGUACCGCACCAGCCUGCAGUUCGACAUCAUGAAGAACGGCCGCUCCAUCGCCUCCUUCUUCCAGUACUACGGCAACUGGCCCAAGCCCACCUCGCUCUCGGGGGGCACCCUGGUCCGCCUGGAGCCCGAGGACGAGGUGUGGGUGCAGGUGGGCGUGGGGGACUACAUCGGCUUCUACGCCAGCGUCAAGACGGACAGCACCUUCACCGGCUUCCUCGUCUACUCCUACUGGCAGAACUCCGCCGUGUUCGCCUGAGCUCACCCCCGGCCGCGGGUGGGCCCGGGCAGGUGCCCCUUCCCGCAGAGCGGGACCCCCGCCCUGCUCGGGGCACAGAAACGCUCCCUGUGCCAUGGCGGGGGUGGUGGAACACCCCUGGAGCGGCGCUGGGGCAGAGCUCGCUGUUAUUUCGGGCACCCCCAGGGCAGGGCAAGCCGGGCUGAGCGGCCGGGAGCCCGUGCCGGGGUCCUGCCCCAUCCCUCCCCUCAAUAAAG